CAGCCACCGCCAUAUUGAGUAGCUGUCAGCGGCGCUUUGCGCGUCUCUUGCCUCGACCCACCAGCGAACAGCCCAGGGCGGCCCCCAGCGCCUGCUGCCCGGCCGCGGAGGGGCCUGCGCGGGGGCCCGGCCACAGCCGACCACCGAGAGCGCAUCGGAGACCCGGCGGGGCCGAGUCCCCCGGCAGAGCCCCCCGCGGGGAGCGGAGCCGCAGACGGGGACAAAAGAAUUUGCAGAAGAUUUUGACUGAACAAGAGAUUCAGAGAAGGAGAGAAAAAUGCCGAAGCCAAUCAACGUAAGAGUUACCACAAUGGAUGCAGAGUUGGAGUUUGCCAUCCAACCCAAUACAACUGGCAAACAGCUCUUUGACCAGGUGGUGAAAACAGUUGGUCUACGUGAAGUCUGGUUUUUUGGGCUGCAGUAUGUGGACAGCAAAGGCUAUUCAACUUGGUUGAAGCUGAAUAAAAAGGUAACACAGCAAGAUGUAAGGAAAGAAAAUCCUCUGCAGUUUAAGUUCAGGUCUAAGUUUUUUCCUGAGGAUGUAUCUGAGGAGUUAAUUCAGGAAAUAACUCAGAGGCUGUUCUUCCUGCAAGUCAAAGAAGCCAUUUUAAAUGAUGAAAUCUAUUGUCCACCAGAAACUGCAGUUCUACUGGCUUCCUAUGCUGUCCAAGCCAAGUAUGGAGAUUACAAUAAGGAGAUUCAUAAACUAGGCUACUUGGCCAAUGACAGACUUCUCCCCCAGCGUGUUCUAGAACAGCACAAACUGACAAAAGAACAGUGGGAAGAAAGAAUACAGAACUGGCAUGAAGAACACAGAGGGAUGUUAAGGGAAGAUUCUAUGAUGGAAUACCUCAAGAUUGCACAAGAUCUGGAAAUGUAUGGAGUCAACUACUUUGAAAUAAAGAAUAAAAAGGGUACUGAAUUGUGGCUAGGUGUCGAUGCUUUGGGUCUGAAUAUUUAUGAGCACGAUGACAAAUUGACACCCAAGAUUGGUUUCCCUUGGAGUGAAAUCAGAAACAUCUCAUUUAAUGACAAAAAGUUUGUCAUAAAGCCAAUUGACAAAAAGGCCCCUGAUUUUGUUUUUUAUGCACCUCGUCUGAGAAUUAAUAAGCGGAUUUUGGCACUGUGCAUGGGAAAUCAUGAACUGUACAUGAGGAGGAGAAAGCCUGAUACAAUUGAAGUGCAACAGAUGAAGGCCCAAGCUAGAGAGGAGAAACAUCAGAAACAGUUGGAAAGAGCACAGUUAGAAAAUGAGAAGAAAAAAAGGGAAAUAGCGGAAAAGGAAAAGGAAAGAAUAGAGCGUGAAAAAGAAGAACUAAUGGAGCGCUUAAGACAAAUUGAAGAACAGACAAUGAAGGCCCAAAAAGAGCUGGAAGAACAGACAAGAAAAGCUUUAGAACUGGAUCAAGAACGAAAGAGAGCAAAAGAGGAAGCAGAGCGCCUGGAAAAAGACCGUCGAGCUGCAGAAGAGGCUAAAGCUGCUCUAGCCAAACAGGCUGCUGAUCAGAUGAAGAAUCAGGAGCAGCUAGCAGCAGAACUUGCUGAAUUCACUGCCAAGAUUGCACUUCUAGAGGAGGCCAAGAAGAAGAAGGAAGAGGAAGCCUCAGAAUGGCAGCACAAAGCUUUUGCAGCCCAAGAGGAUUUGGAAAAGACCAAAGAAGAACUGAAGACUGUAAUGUCUGCUCCUCCUCCACCACCACCACCUCCACCUCCUCCACCACCAGUUAUUCCUCCAACAGAGAAUGAGCAUGAUGAACAUGAUGAGAACAAUGCUGAAGCUAGUGCAGAACUGUCUUCUGAUGGUGUCAUGAACCACAGAAGUGAGGAAGAACGGGUAACAGAGACACAGAAAAAUGAACGUGUUAAGAAACAGCUCCAGACACUAAGUUCUGAGUUGGCCCAAGCCAGAGAUGAAACCAAGAAAACACAAAAUGAUGUCCUCCAUGCUGAGAAUGUUAAAGCAGGUCGUGACAAGUACAAGACUCUUCGACAAAUCCGACAAGGCAAUACAAAGCAACGUAUUGAUGAGUUUGAGGCAAUGUGAGAGCUGUUACUUUGCAUAUAUGUUCUUCGUAAAGCUGAACCACCAACAGAGAAACAAGCAGGCCUUUGCAGAUUUGAAGAUUGCACCCCACUUUGCCAAAGCACUUAUACCAGUUUGACUGUGGUGGUAAAAAGACAAAUUUAGGGGAACCCAUUCAACAAUAAGGCAGUCUGUCAUCUUUGGCUUUUUUGGAGAGGGAGAUUGGAAUGGGGGCAGAUGGUUUCCCUUGUCUUAGGUUUUAUUUUUCAUUUUCAUAGUUUGUGCCGCUUGUUCUCUUGAAGACUGGCGCUUACUAUAUCAUGGCUGUCAAGUGUGUGUGUUACCAAAACACAAAGUCAGAAAGGACAUUAGAUCUGAACCUAAAACUGAUGGAUACUAUUUCAGUGUGAUGCAGUUUGAAAUUACAUUUUCCCAUGUUGCCACAUUUCCUUAGGCGUUUGAUAUUGCUGACUUUAUCAUUUUUUCACCAAGCUGAAUUCUUUGGGUGUUUCAUGUCCUGUCAUCAUUGAUGGUUUUCUUUGCCUACCUGUUCACAAAGGUCUAGAUGGCAGGUAGUAGGUUCCAGCAGAGAUUUUAAAAUGGAACACUACCUGUGGGCAGCAGUUGUCUGCGAUUGGCCUAAAUAAGUAUUGCUUUUUCACUUUAGAUGUGUAGAAAUGUUCUAAUAAAGCAAAGAAAAACAAAAUACAAGAAGCUUGUAUCCUGUUUUUUUAAUGAUUAUUUUAAUUACAAUAAGAAAAACCUGGACCUUUCUGGCAAGGGAGCAUAUGAAAACAUCAGUCCCAGGGAGGGGACAGUAUCCUACCUCACUACUAUAUACAUGAUGACAGGUCCUUCAAACACCAUGUAAACUUGAGUGUGUAAAUUGACUUUCAUCUUAUGAUAAUACUAUAGAAAGAUAGGAAUCUUUACUCUUAAGAUUUUGUUUUACUUCAAGAUGGCUUUAUAGUGCUAAAUACUGCUUAACUGCCUUUUUGUUGAGUUAAAUUAUAAAAUGAUAUGAUGUACAUUAAAACUAACCUGUCACUGGUAUACUAUCUUACAGGAGGGGUGUGGAAU